AUUUCCUCCUUCAAGCGUGUUAAAGGAAAUAGAAACCCAACGGGGCUAGACAAAACUGAAAGCAAAGGCUCUGGAGUUGUGAAAGAAUUGAAACUUAAGACUUCCUUCCUCAUUGGUUAAAUCAUGCAGGCUAGGGAGGAGGGCAAAGUUAGAGAAUAUAAGAUAGAAAGAGAAAGAAAGAAGACUCCGAUGGUUUAGGAGACAGAAGGCGGAGGAAGGAGCUGCUGGUGGGGGAAAAGGCGUCCAGGAAAGCAAGGAAGGAAAGACAAAGAGCUGAAGAAGGAAACUUGUAGUCUUGAAUGCACUCCGAAGAUGGCCAGGUCAGAGAAUGUGGUGGCCCUGGACUGUGAGAUGGUAGGCAUUGGCAUGCUUGGUAUGAGAGAUGCUCUGGCCCGAUGCAGCAUCGUCAAUUAUUAUGGCACAGUGAUUUACGACAAGUUCGUUAAGCCCGAAGAGCCGAUAAUCGAUUACCGGACCCGUGUGAGUGGAGUUCGCCCAUUUGACUUGGAAGGAGCAAUACCUUUUGAAACUGCUCGGGAAGAGAUCCUGAAGAUCUUGAAGGGCAAGCUGGUGGUUGGCCAUUCCCUGAAGAAUGACUUUAGUGUACUAAAGGAGUCCAUGGGGCGUUACGAAGUCUACGAUACAUCUACUGAUUUGGUGCUGAGAAGACUAGGUGGGCUGGAAGGAUGUCGGCGGGUCUCCCUCAGGGUGCUGUGUGAAAAGAUCCUCAAAAAACGCAUACAGAACAGCACUCAUGGCCACUGCUCUGUUGAAGAUGCCCGGGCAGCCCUAGAGCUGUACAAAGUCUCCCAGGCAAAAGGUCGCAUUUAAGCCCGCUUCUCGCAAAUGCCUCUCCGCUUCCAGGCUGCCUGGCUGCCUUCCAAAGAGUCUGGGAUUUUCCAUUUCAUGAAAGGCUGUUUCCUAUAUUGUCUUCUGCUAAUAAACAAAAAAUCUAUUUG